AUGGCGGAAGAGGAGGGCCAGGAGGUCAUCUUCACAGAGAACACCGCACCCGACCGUGAGAUUUGGGAUGAGAAGGGUGGCUUGAUCAAGAAGGGUGCCGCUGAGAUUGCGGAGCGAGACCAGGACCACGUGCCCGAGGUGAAGGUGCUGACCACUCUCGGGAUGUUUGCCGUCCCCGUGACUGCCGAGACCACGAUCGGCGAGAUCCGUCAGAAGGUGCAGGAGUGGAAGCCCGAGUACUCUCUCGAGCAAAUUGAGCUGGUCUGCAAGGACAAGGAUGCUUGGGGGCCUCUGUUCAACAAAACUUCUCGGCCACGUGACGAUGACGAAACAGUUGAGUCGUUGUGGAGUGAUUGGGACAUUCCCCGCCGCAUGAUGCAGGUAGCCCUGUGGAUCAAGGAGAAGAACGAGGAAACCGGAGAGUGGGAGAGCACGUUUUGGAAGAUGCUGGAGGAGUCCAAGUGCGACGAUUGGAGCUUCCAGGGACACACGAUCUGA